AUGACGGAGCUCACCAAGGCCGAAAAGGCCCUCCACGACCAGUCCAACCUCCUCCCGCGGCGGCAGCUCGUCUCCUGCCUGGGCAUCAUGUCCCUCGCGCUGCUCAUCUCCUUCAUCGACCAGAACGGCAUCUCCACGGCGCUGCCCACCAUCGCCGCAGACCUCGACGCCCGCGCCACCAUCUCCUGGGCCGGCACCGCCUCGCUCCUCGCCAACACCACCUUUCAGAUGCUCUACGGCCGCGCCUCCGACAUCUUUGGCCGCAAGGCCGUCUUCAUCUCCGCCAUCCUGCUGCUGGCUCUGGCCGACCUGCUGUGCGGCCUGAGCGCCAACGCCGCCAUGUUUUACGUCUUCCGCGGCGUGGCGGGCAUCGGCGGCGGCGGCAUCACCAACCUCGCCAUGAUCAUCGUCUCGGACGUCGUUACCCUCGAGCAGCGCGGCAAGUACCAGGGCAUCAUCGGCAGCAUGGUCGGCCUCGGCAGCGUGACGGGGCCCUUCCUCGCCGCUGCCUUUGUCGCUCGCUCCACCUGGCGCGGGUUCUUCUGGUUGCUUGCACCGCUCGGCGCUAUCAACGGCUUACUCGCCUACCGCUACCUGCCUUCCAAGGAGCCCGAGGCUACCUUUCGGGAGAGCGUCCGCAAGGUCGACUGGAUGGGCGUCCUCACGUCCUCGGUGGGAACGAUUUUUCUGCUCAUUCCCAUCUCUGGCGGUGGCGCGUACUUUCCCUGGGCGUCACCCAUGGUCAUCGCCAUGCUCGCAAUUGGUAGCGUAUCGCUCAUCCUGUUCGUGUUGGUCGAGUGGAAGCUCGCCAAACUCCCUAUGAUGCCAGUGACCGUAUAUCGCAACCCGGUCGUCGUCGUGCUCCUUUUGCAGAGCUUCCUUCUGGGGCUGGUGUACCAGAGCAUGGUGUACUACUUACCCUUGUACCUGCAAAACGCACACCAAUUCUCCAUAAUCAUAUCCGCCUCCCUUCUCAUCCCCAUGUUUGUCACCCAGGCGACUGUAUCGACGCUCACGGGCUUGUGGAUCAGUCGGUACAAGCGAUACGGCAUUGUCAUUCAGGUCGGAUUCGCCAUGUGGACGCUAGGCACCGGCCUGACUCUCUUGUACAAGCGGACGACCGACCCCGGCGUCAUUGUCGUGCCCCUCAUCGUCAUGGGCAUCGGUGUCGGGUGUGUCUUCCAGCCGACUCUCGUUGCGUUGCAGGCCCACUCGGCCAAGUCGCGUCGCGCCGUCAUCAUUUCCAACCGCAACUUCAACCGUUGUGCUGGCGGCGCGUGCGGUUUGGCCAUAUCGGCAGCUGUUCUGCAGGCCCGAUUGCGUGCGACCCUACCUCCAGAGUACAAGUACCUGGCCGAUUCGACGUAUGCAUUGCCCGACUUCAACGGAGGCGUGCCACCCGAGGUGCUGGACGCGUACAUGGCAGCGAGUCACGCCGUCUUCAUCGUAAUGGUGCCGCUGAUCGGGCUGUGCUUCCUCGGGACCAUCUUCGUCGAGGACAGGGGCCUGGCACCCAAGGACGAGCCGCAGGCCGAGACUCUGGAACAGAGCGAUGCUGACGGUGGAGAGGCAGGCAGGAGCGAGCUCGAGACGAGCGGGGACAGGGUGCAGGUGCAACCUCACCAAAGGAAUGACGAUAAUGUGACACGAAAAGAUGCGGAAAAGGUGUAG